AUGUCUACAGAAACGUUUGAGUUUCAGGCUGAGAUCUCCCAGCUCCUGUCUCUCAUCAUUAACACAGUCUAUUCGAACAAAGAAAUCUUCCUGCGAGAACUGAUCUCCAACUGCUCCGAUGCUCUCGACAAGAUCAGAUAUGAGGCGCUCUCAGAUCCGUCCAAGCUCGACACAGGCAAGGACUUGAGAAUAGACAUAAUCCCAGACAAAGAGAACAAGACCUUGACUAUUCGAGAUACUGGUAUUGGCAUGACCAAGGCUGAUCUCGUAAAUAACCUUGGUACCAUUGCUCGAUCCGGCACAAAACAGUUCAUGGAGGCUCUCACCGCAGGUGCUGACAUCUCCAUGAUCGGUCAGUUUGGUGUUGGUUUCUACUCCGCAUACCUCGUCGCCGACAAAGUUACUGUCACCUCGAAACACAAUGACGACGAGCAGUAUGUUUGGGAGUCCAGCGCAGGCGGCACCUUCAACCUUACACAAGACACUGAAGGCGAGCAGCUUGGUCGAGGUACCAAGAUGGUCCUUCACCUCAAGGAAGAGCAGACAGACUACCUGAACGAGUCUAAGAUCAAGGAAGUCGUCAAGAAGCACUCCGAAUUCAUCUCCUACCCAAUCUACCUUCACGUCCUCAAGGAGACCGAGAAAGAAAUCCCCGACGAGGAUGCCGAGGACGUCACUGAAGACGACGGCAAGAAGGACGCCAAGGUCGAGGAGAUCGAUGAUGACGAAGACGAAGAGAAGGAAAAGAAGAAGAAGACCAAGAAGGUCAAGGAAUCCAAGAUCGAAGAGGAAGAGCUCAACAAGACAAAACCAAUCUGGACCAGAAAUCCAUCAGACAUUACACAAGAAGAAUAUGCGUCUUUCUACAAGUCUCUGUCCAACGACUGGGAAGAUCACCUCGCUGUCAAGCACUUCUCUGUUGAAGGUCAGCUUGAGUUCCGAGCCAUUCUGUUCGUGCCAAAGCGAGCUCCAUUCGAUCUCUUCGAGACGAAGAAGACCAAGAAUAACAUCAAGUUGUAUGUUCGACGUGUCUUCAUUACCGAUGAUGCCACCGACCUUAUCCCAGAAUGGUUGAGCUUCGUAAAGGGAGUUGUCGAUUCGGAGGAUCUGCCACUGAACCUGUCUCGUGAGACCCUGCAGCAGAACAAGAUCAUGAAGGUGAUCAAGAAGAACAUUGUGAAGAAGGCUCUCGAGCUCUUCAACGAGAUCGCUGAGGACAAGGAGCAGUUCGACAAGUUUUACUCUGCCUUCAGCAAGAACAUCAAGCUCGGUAUCCACGAGGACUCGCAAAACCGACAGAAUCUUGCCAAACUUCUUCGAUUCAGCUCCACAAAGUCUGGUGAUGAUGCUACCUCAAUCGCUGACUAUAUCACACGCAUGCAAGAGCACCAAAAGCAGAUUUACUACAUCACUGGCGAGUCCAUCAAGGCUGUACAAAAGUCUCCGUUCCUCGACACUCUCAAGGAGAAGAACUUUGAGGUCCUGUUCUUAGUUGACCCCAUCGACGAGUAUGCCAUGACCCAGCUCAAGGAAUUUGAUGGCAAGAAGCUCGUUGACAUCACCAAGGACUUCGAGCUUGAAGAGACCGAGGACGAGAAGAAGGAACGAGAGAAGGAAGAGAAAGAGUACGAAUCUCUCGCUAAGUCGCUCAAGAACAUUCUUGGCGACAAGGUCGAGAAGGUCAUCGUCUCGCACAAGCUCAUCGGUUCUCCUUGCGCCAUCCGAACUGGUCAAUUCGGCUGGUCGGCUAACAUGGAGCGUAUCAUGAAGGCACAGGCUCUCCGAGACACAUCCAUGUCGUCGUACAUGUCCUCCAAGAAGACCUUCGAGAUCUCUCCAAAGUCUGCUAUCAUCAAGGAGCUCAAGAAGAAGGUUGAGUCUGAUGGUGAGAACGACCGAACGGUCAAGUCUAUUACCCAGCUUUUGUUUGAGACUUCGUUGCUAGUCUCUGGCUUCACCAUCGAAGAACCUGCUAGCUUUGCUGAGCGAAUUCACAAGCUUGUUUCUCUUGGUCUCAACGUCGAUGAGGAUGCUGAGACAACAGAGGAGAAGACCGAGGAGGAGGCUGGUGCUACUGAAGCUACUGGCGAGAGUGCAAUGGAGGAGGUUGACUAA